UUCCAUCCAAGAUGUACCCUCAGAUAUUACUGGACUGUUAACAAUUCUUCCUCUAUCUUUUAAAAUGAGUGGCCAGAAGAUAACUGGCUGAAAGUUUAGUUAUGAAAAAUCAUCUUUAAUAGUUUUGCAAUCGGCUUCUGCUUUUUCAUGUCAAAAGUUGAAGAUCAAAGGCAGAUGUCUACCCGAAAUGGCGUCUACAUUGUUCAGGGUGAAAUGUCUCUUGUGGUGGCGGCUUUACGAAGAAAUGUUCGUGGCGGCUCCCACAGUCACCAGGAUGAAGAACAAGAUCCAUUACUUCAUGGAUUUUCUCAACUUAAAGACCAGCUUGCGGCUAUUUCUGAUUUGAGUGAAGUAGAUGUAAACACUUUCUUGGGCCCAUUUCUUGAAGUCAUUAGGUCCGAAGACACAACAGGACCUGUUACUGGUGUUGCGUUAUCAUCUGUGAACAAAUUUCUGUCUUAUGGACUUGUUGAUCCAGCCAGUGAAAGUGCAGCAUCUGGUAUUGAGAAUCUGGCUGAUGCUGUUACUCAUGCUAGAUUUGUAGGCACAGACCCUAGCAGUGAUGAAGUAGUACUCAUGAAGAUUCUUCAGGUGCUCAGGACACUGCUGCUAACACCUGUUGGUGCACACAUGACAAAUGAGUCAGUCUGUGAGAUCAUGCAGUCCUGCUUCAGGAUUUGUUUUGAAACAAGACUCAGUGAACUGCUUCGACGUUCUGCUGAACAGACCUUGAUGGACAUGGUACAGCUUCUAUUUUCAAGACUCCCUCAAUUUAAAGAAGAGCUAAAGUCAGGGAUGAUCCCUAAUAUAAGAAAGGUGUUCAAAAGAGCUGGAGCCAUCGCAACUGGAAAAAGGAAGAAGCAUAUGUCUCCUAAACCAAGACGAGGUCACUUUGAAGAGAUGCCCCUUGCAACAACAAUAACAACAACAGUAGCUACAACAACAAUCACAACCCCCUCUGAUCCACUGAAAGAGGAUAUCAAACCUGAAAAUGUCUCUGAAACCGAUCCAACUCUGCAAGAAAAUUUCUUGCAAGAAUCUUCUGAAAUAUCAGAUUGUGUACCAGGACAACCUGUGUCUGAUGGAGACACAGGCAAGCCUGCUGGAGAUUGCACCAACAUCACUGAACCUCUCAAUGAAGAAGGGCCAUCUAUAGCAUCACAGCUAAUGAGCAGUGAAGUAGAAGGGGAUGGUCUGAGCAUGGAAGGAAUUGUUAUGUCUGAAGAUGAGCGAGAGGUUGCAUGUGAAAAGUCAGCAGAAGAGGUUGGCACAGACAUUGUUGCUAGCUCCCUCAUAACAGAGGAUGAUGAUCAAGUGAAAGAAAUAAUGGGAAGUACUGCAUCAUUAGAAACAGUUGAGUCAGAGGACUUGUCAGAAGUAGCAGAGGGAAGCCAAACAGAAGCAAUGCUGCAACAAGAUGACUAUGUUAACCCUCGUGGAGUGCGUUUUACCCCACAAGAACCUGUUAAAGAGGGUGCCGGUCCUUUGGUUCCCUAUGGUUUGCCUUGCAUUCGAGAACUAUUCAGAUUUCUUAUUUCUCUCAUUAAUCCCCAUGACAGGCAUAAUUCUGAAGCCAUGAUUCACAUGGGACUGUCUCUCUUAACUGUUGCUCUUGAAUCUGGUUCCCAUCACAUUGGAACUUUUCCAUCACUGAUGAAUUUUGUAAAGGAUGACAUGUGCAAGAAUCUCUUCUGGCUUAUCCAGUGUGAUGUUCUUGGACUCUUUACCAUGGCAAUGAGAGUGUGUUUCCUGUUGUUUGAAGGGCUUCGCACUGAAUUGAAAUUCCAAAUGGAGAUGUUUUUCAAGAAGCUCAUGGAUAUCUUGUCACUAGAUCCCCAAAGUGUACCCUAUGAGAAAAGAGAACUUACCCUUGAUGCAGUCAAUCAGCUUUUCAGGGUUCCAAAUUUAGUCAUGGAACUUUAUUUGAACUACGACUGUGAUGUGUACAGCACUAAUGUAUUUGAGGAACUCUGCAAACUUCUCUCCAAGAACGCCUUUCCCUCAGCUGGAAGCCUUUAUAGUGUACAUUUACUUUCUCUUGAUGCUCUCCUUGCUGUGGUCCAGAACAUUGAGGAACACUGUCACUCUGAGCUUUUAAACACAGUAGAAAAUUCCACAGAUGAAAAUAACGCUGAUAAAUGUCCAAGCAAGACGACAGGAGAUGACGAUUCAGGCAUAGAUGACAAAUGUGAUUCCUCCUCACUUAUGUCUCCACCGUCGCCACCAACUUCUGGCUUUGCUAUGGCCAAAAAAAUGACCGUGGGUGUGGCAUCACAAGAGCUGAGCACACAAGACAGUGCUGCAAAGAGCUGUGAUCAGUCUGGUGAUGACAAGUCUUUCAACUCAUCUCUCGGUCUUCUACUCUCUUCCCACCUUCCAGCAGUUGAGACUCUGGCCAAGCUGAGACAGAGAAAGAAGAUUCUUCAAGCUGGUACUGAGCAGUUCAACAACAAGCCUAAGAAAGGAAUUGAAUUUUUGCAAGAGCAAGGGCUGCUUUCAUCUCCUCUUAAUCAUGAGGAAAUGGCCAAAUUUUUGCGUGAAAAUCCACGUCUUGACAAGAAAACGAUUGGCGAUUACCUCGGUGACAAAAAGAACACGCGAGUUUUAGAAGCAUUCGUGCGGUCUUUCCAUUUCCAUGAUUCAAGAGUGGAUGAAGCUCUUCGUUCUUUCUUAGAAAGUUUUCGUCUUCCGGGUGAAAGUCCUGUCAUUGAACACAUUAUAGAGUUCUUUUCUGAAUUGUUCUAUGAAGGUAAUCCAGAGCCAUAUGCCAACAAGGAUGCUGUAUUUACACUCUGCUAUGCUGUUAUUAUGUUGAAUGUGGACCAGCACAAUUCCAACAUCAAACAACAGAAACCAAUGACAUGCGAGGAAUUUAAGAAAAACUUGAGAAAGACAAAUGGCACGGCGGAUUUUAAAGCAAGUAUGCUAGAGGAAGUGUAUCAUGCAAUAAGAAAUGAAGAGAUUGUCAUGCCUUCGGAGAGAAGUGGAAAGAUAAGAGAGAAUUAUGAUUGGAAGGUUUUGUUGCGUCGCAGCAGUAGUCCUGAAGGGAAGUAUAUUAAUGGCUUGGGAAGCAGCUUUGAUAAAGACUUGUUCUUAAUCAUAUGGGGUCCCACUGUGGCUGCUUUGUCAUAUGUUUACGAUAACGGACUGGAAAAGAGUGUUGCACAGAAAGCUAUCGUCGGAUUUAGAAAAUGCGCCCUCAUAUCAGCUCAUUACAGCUUGUCAGAUGUGUUUGAUAACCUGGUUAUUUCACUGUGUAAAUUUACAUCACUACUUACCCCACCAGAGACUGGAGAGAGUCUAUCAGUAUCUUUUGGUAGAAAUCUAAAGUCGCAGCAAUCAGCAAGAACCUUGUUCGCUUUGGCCCAUCGUCAUGGGGAUAUUUUACGAGAAGGCUGGAAGAAUAUAAUGGACUGUAUGCUUCAGCUAUUCAAAGCCAAGUUGUUGCCCAAAUCUAUGGUGGAGGCGGAAGACUUUGUUGAAGCCAGCGGGAGAGUUAGUCUUUUACCAGAAGAACUGCCAUAUAUAAGGCCGGAAACAUCUCUAUUUUCGUGGUGGUUUGUGAACCCAGAGCCAGCAAGUUAUAGAGGUCAGACCACAGAAGACAAAGAAGCACAAAAACAAGCACAUACCUGCAUCAGAGAUUGCCUACCAGAGCUCCUCAUCACAGAGAGCAAGUUUUUGAGACCUGAUUCCUUGAAUGAGCUCAUAAAGGUGCUGAUUUACAAUUCAAGUAUUGAGAACCAAGAAUCUGUCCCUUACGAUGAAGAGGCUGCGGUUUUUUUCCUGGAACUUCUAAUAAGAGUUGUUUUGCAAAACAGGGAUCGUGUGUCAGCAUUAUGGGCCACAGUGAGGGAUCAUUUGUCAAACAUUCUUGUCAAUGCAACUCAUCACAGUUCAAUUGUGGAGAGAUCUGUUGUUGGCUUGCUAAGGCUGGCAAUUCGUCUCUUGCAUAAAGAAGAAGUAUCCAGUCAAGUUCUUUUAACCCUUCGUAUCUUAUUGUUAAUGAAGCAUGAUGUUCUGCAAGAUUGUGGGAGGCAAAUUUCUUUCGGACUUCACGAACUGAUCCGGACUAACGCCUCUAGUAUAACAUGCUCUCGAGACUGGGUCACAGUUUUUGCUUUGCUGGAGUGUGUAGGUGCUGCUGCUUCACUACCAACUGUUACUUCAAGUAAUGUGUCCAUGUCCACGGCAUCAUCCGAUGUGGGAAGUGAUUUGACAUCGAGAAAUUACGAACUUGCGGACGGAAUAUCAAACUCAGAAAGUGAAGGCGGCUCAUUUACAAGUAUUGAAGCGGAUUCAGGUUUGAGUGGAAGUGUUUUAGGAGACACGUGGUUGGUGAUUACAAAACAGGACUCAGAAAGCUCUCCUGCGAACCAGUAUGAAUUAACAGUGGGUGCAAAAUUAAACAAGCAUGAUAGUAAAUCGUUUGUGAAAUCGUGUCAGAGCUUGGCCUUUUUGAUCCGCGACAACGCUCAUGUCACAAAGGAAAAUUACCUGCAUUGCGUUCACGCUCUUCGCUUAUUCUCAGAGGCUAGUCUAAAUGGAGGAGCUGGAUAUCGCCAAGAUGACUGGCAACUCAAAGAGAGUACAGCUGAUUACAAAGGAAGUUGGGGGCGCUCUAGCAAAAAGACAUCAUCGUCAUCUUCACGCUCAAAGAAAGUGAGUCCAACAGGUUUGAAGACACGUAAAUCUACCAAGUCGGCCACCAGUAGUCCAGCCACGAGUGAGGAUGAAGCUGAGAUCGUGGAGACUAUCAACAAUACUUAUGAUGCCAUGUCUCUCCAGCUCCUUGAGCUCAUGUACACUCUUCACACUCAUGGAAGAGGAAUUUUUGAUAAAUUCCCAGGUAUGGCUGAUGGUAGCCCUGAUGUACCAGUUCACGACCAGAGCUUGGACUUUCUGUGGACUAAGUGCUGGUGUCCCUUGCUGCAAGGAAUUGCACGCCUUUGUUGUGAUGUGCGCAGGGAUGUGAGAAUGUCUGCUCUUACUUAUCUUCAGCGGGCGUUACUCGUUCAAGAUCUUCAAAAUCUAUCUGCCAUGGAAUGGGAAGCAUGUUUUAACAAGGUUUUGUUUCCCAUGCUGUCUCAACUAUUAGAAGUCAAUAGCAAUAGUGAUCCAAUGGGUGUCGAAGAAACGCGCAUGAGAGCUGCUACUCUACUCUGCAAGGUGUUCCUACAGCAUUUGACGCCUUUGUUGUCUUUAUCCACUUUUACUGCACUGUGGUUGACAAUCCUGGAAUUUAUGGAUAAGUACAUGCAUGCAGAUAAGAGCGAUCUUCUGUUUGAAGCCAUUCCAGAAUCUCUAAAGAAUAUGUUACUAGUGAUGUCAACAGCAGGGAUAUUCGAUGAAGAGGAAUGUACAUUAACAGCUGGUUCCCAAAGUGAUAACCGCAAAACACCUGCCAGGCCAGAAUCAGACAUACAUAAGUACUCUGCACUAUGGCAGGUCACAUGGGAACGGAUUGACUGCUUCUUACCCAACCUCCGCCAGGAACUUUUUACACCUCGCAGUCAAUUACCCGUUAGCAACAUCCCUAAAGUGAAGCCUGAGCAGGAGAAAACAGUUUCGGAGGAAAGCAAUCGCGCUAUGGAGUUGCCUAGUAACGUUGAUAAAAUGGAUAACCAAGACAAUCCAGACGGUGAGCGAAGCUUGCCUUCCAACCAGAAAAGCAGCAACAGCAGCAUCUCUUCUCCUCCCGGUGGUGGACAGCAGCAAGUUUGUGUGGUUUUACAGCCACCUCUACCUUCAUUAACAAACCGGAGCACCUCUCCAACACACUUGGGCUCCUUAGCAGACAACGUACGCCCCAGUUCAGUGCCCAUUAUUCUGGCUCCCAGUCCAGCACUUUCACCAGCAGCCCUUUCCUCGCCUCAAGGGUCUCGAUCCCCGACACCUACGGAUCCAGGCCCUAAGCAGCUAGAAAUGUCAGAGGAAGUUCCAAGGGAAGAUUUGAAGGCUGACCAAUCAAAUGGCGAGUCAGGAAAAUCUGAUGCACCUUCACCAGAGAGAAUGAAAGCUUCGAUAUAUGACAUCUAGGUUUACUUAGUACGGUUUUGAGGACUACUGUGUGUUCCAAUCGCCUAUAAUUUUAUUGUAAAUUAUUUACUGUACCGGUUAAUUGAAAACGGAGGUUAGAGUUAUCUUAAAUGUUUAGAAUCGGAUUCUACCAGUCAGAACAUGUAAUACGCAUCCCUCCACGUUGUAACAGCCACUGAUCAGAGAAUUUGUGAACUGGUGACAACUUUAUUGGCAAAGGAUUCAAAUCGUUCCAUAACGGGUCAAAGGUCGCUUAGUCGUGGAAUGACAAUGACUUAACCCUUUUUUCUCCCAUAAGUGACUCAAGUAGAAUUUCUUCUUACAAUAUCAACACAAUAUCAAGCAGACAAGUGAUGAAAUGAAUGAAAAUAAAGAAAAAUAUCACUUAAGGGAUUAUUAGUUAAUCCAGUACUGAAUUCUCUGAACUAUCAUCAUUAGAAUUGUAUGGCAGACAGAAAGUGAAAGGGCUAAAAGCGUGUAGGGCUAAAAGCGUGGAGGGCUAUUGAAGAGACCAUCUAGUUAAAUCCUUCAUGCAUAAUUUGAUCAAAAUUUUUCUUUAUUUCCCUCACUCGCACUUAUACAGUCGGUUACGAGUCAGGACGUGUGGAAUUGCUGACCAGCUGCGAGUGGUACUAAAAGCCCCCAUCAUUUCAAUUCUAACAACGAAAACAAAAUUCACCUAUUUCUCGGCAACAUCCACCUACCAAGAGCCAACAGUUUUCCCAGCUUGAAAAAUAAUUGAAAAUAUGAGAUAUCUGUUGUGAGGGUGCGAUGUUUUACGCUAGUUUUAGGGACGAUUGUUUGCCAAUAGGUUUUGUAAUAACUUUGGAAAGGUGACCUUCAGCAUGAGUAAUGAGGCGAAAAAUUAAUUGUUUGCCUCGAUUCCUCGGUUGACAUAUCUGUUAGAUCCUAUUUGAGGUUACAUCUCAGCGACACUCCUUGAAAUCAAGCAAGACUCCCAAAAUUGAUUCUGUUCGUAAUCAAUUAUAGAAGUUAUGAUGUGCUAAAGUCAAGAAUAAAAUAACAGAGAUAAUUUGU